AUGAUUAAUUUACAAAGAGUAUUAGAAGCAACAAAAGAUCAUGCGAAUGUUGUUGUACCUGAAUUAGAUCGUUUAGUUAAACUUGAUCCAUAUCUUGCACCAUAUCAAGAUGAAAUUCGAAGACGUUAUUAUAUCUUUCAAAAACUUCUUAAACAACUUGAAAGUGAAGAACAAGGUAUUGAUGUAUUUACAUCUGCUUAUAAACACUUCGGUAUUCAUAUUAAUUCUCAAACAAAUGAAAUAAAUAUUAAAGAAUGGGCACCCGGUGCAAAAGCAAUGUAUAUUCGUGGAGAUUUUAAUAAUUGGCAAGAAAAACAAUAUCCAUUUACACGUGAUCAAUGGGGUAUAUGGAGAGGUACAAUUCCACAUUUACCCGAUGGUUCGCCGGCAAUCAAACAUGGUCAAGCAAUAAAAUUACUUUUGGAAACUUCUGAUGGUGAAUUAGUUGAUCGUAUUUGUCCAUGGUCAUGUUAUGUACAACGUCCAGAAAAAUCUAAUGUAUAUCAUGGAGUAUUUUAUAAUCCACCGGAGGAUCAAAUUUAUAAAUUUAAAUAUUCUCAACCAAAAAAACGUGAUCGAUUAAAAAUUUAUGAAGCUCAUGUUGGAAUUAGUUCAUCAAAAGAAGAAGUUUCUACAUAUGAAAAUUUUCGUAUUAAUAUUAUUCCUCAUAUUGUCAAACAAGGCUAUAAUACAAUUCAAUUAAUGGCUAUUAUGGAACAUUCCUAUUAUGCUAGUUUUGGUUAUCAAGUAACCAAUUUUUUUGCUGCAUCAAGCCGUUAUAGUACACCGGAAGAAUUAAAAGCAUUAAUUGAUGAAGCACAUAAACAUGGCUUAACUGUUAUACUUGAUCUUGUGCAUAGUCAUAGUUCGAAAAAUGUUCUUGAUGGACUUAAUAUGUUUGAUGGUACAGCUGGUUGCUUUUUUCAUGAUAGUCCACGUGGUUAUCAAACGCUUUGGGAUAGUCGAUGUUUUAAUUAUCUAACACGUGAAGUAAUGCGAUUUCUUCUUUCUAAUAUUCGAUAUUGGUUAGAAGAAUUUAAAUUUGAUGGAUUUCGAUUUGAUGGUGUAUCAUCAAUGCUUUAUCAUUCACAUGGCCUCGCAACGGAUACUGAUUCAUUUAAUUAUCUUCAAUUAGCUCAUCAUGUUAUUCAAACGCUUUUUCCUGAAUCAAUAACAAUUGCUGAGGAAGUGUCAGGCAUGCCAACAUUAUGUCGACCACUUGCUGAAGGUGGUGCUGGUUUUGAUUAUCGUUUAGCUAUGGCGAUUCCGGAUCUUUGGAUUAAAUUCUUAAGAGAUAUAAGAGAUGAAGAUUGGCAAAUUGGUCAUAUAACAUGGACAUUAACUAAUCGUCGAUGGUCAGAAAAAAAUGUAGCUUAUGCUGAAAGUCAUGAUCAAGCACUUGUUGGUGAUAAAACAAUAGCACACUGGUUAUUUAAUGAACAAAUUUAUAGUCAUAUGUCGGUUUUUGCUGAACGAACACCAGUUGUUGAACGUGGUUUAGCUUUACAUAAAAUGAUUCGUUUAGUAACAUAUAUAUUAGGUGGAGAAGCUUGGUUGAAUUUUGAAGGAAAUGAAUUUGGUCAUCCAGAAUGGCUCGAUUUUCCUCGAGAAGGAAAUAAUGAAAGUUAUAAAUAUGCUCGUCGGCUUUUUUAUUUAUUUGAAGAUGAUACAUUGAGAUAUAAAUAUCUUAAGGCAUGGGAUAAAGCAAUGAAUGAUUUGGAAGAAGAAUAUAAAUGGUUAACAGCAACAAAUGCAUUCGUUAGUCGGAAAAAUGAAGGUGAUAAAGUUAUAGUAAUCGAACGUGGCGAUCGUAAUCUGAUGUUUAUAUUUAAUUUUCAUGUCAGUAACAGUUACACUGAUUAUCGUAUUGGAUGUGGUCAAAGUGGAAAAUAUAAAGUUGUACUUGAUUCGGAUGCGAAAUCUUUUGAUGGACAUGGAAGAAUUAAUGAUCAACAAAUCUUUGUUGCCGACAAUAUCAUGUGGGAUGAUCGACCAUUUUCAUUUCAAAUUUAUACUCCAUGUCAGACUGUGCUCAUUCUUGCUUCACUUGAAGCGAAAAAUUGA